CAGAGUAGGUUUACGAACGUCGUGACCGUUACGGUCCCUCCCGCUCGUUCCCGGCACAAGAAGCGAAUAGAAACUAACAAAAGCACGCACGGCGCCAUAUUUGCGAGCUUGGUUUGCGUGUUUGGUUAGCGUUUCUGGCGCGUGGUGAAGAAGUUAAUUUAAUUGAUUACGAUGUCCGACAAUCAGAAACCCGAAGCCGGUCCAGGAGAUGCGAAUUCUGAAUACAUAAAGCUCAAAGUUGUUGGAAACGACAGCAACGAAAUUCACUUUAGGGUAAAGAUGACCACUCAAAUGGGAAAGCUGAAGAAGUCCUACAGUGAUCGUGUGGGUGUACCCAUGACAUCGCUUAGGUUUCUGUUUGAUGGUAAAAGAAUCAAUGAUGAUGAAACGCCAAAGCAGCUUGAGAUGGAAAAUGACGAUGUCAUUGAAGUAUAUCAGGAACAAACAGGUGGGCGUUAACUCUAAGUUAGGAAGAGGAGGAUCCAUUUCGUUCAAUAUUUUAUAAAGUGAAAGUGACUAUUAUAACAAAAAAAAGAUGGACAAGUUUCUAAGUAUGCAUACAUACACAUACAGACACACAUACACAAAACCAUGCAUACGAAACAUCUUACACAUACACAUACAUACAGAUGAUUAAAUAAGAUGUAAUUUCCUGAUUCACGUAUGAUAUUGUAAAAUGUGUUGUAUUUGUUUACAUUCCUGUACCGAGGCGAAUCUUCCGGGGAGAUUGGACAACGAAUCCCCGGAUCAUUUUAUAAAACACGCGUGCGGGCGAUCACGUCUUAAUAUUGCAUACUGUGUGUCCGUUUUCGUGUGUCGUCGUCAGAACAAUUCUCAGAAAUAGAUUAAUUGCAUUAUGCGUCAUUACAAAUGCAUUUAAGAUAUGCAAGCUCCUUAUCCAUUCAGUCUUGUCCUCAAAAAUUCAAAGUUUUUUUCCUCCUUACGUCUGAAUACAGGAAAUGAUGUGUAUAUGGUAUAACGAAAUUGUUACGUUUAAGAUACAAUAAAAGUAAUAGUUGUAAAACUUUUCCUUUUGUACAAUUACAAUAAUGAAAAGUUUGUAUCUCGCUCUUAAGCUCGGGAGCAUUUAAAAUUGGCAUAAUUUAUUUUAUUCUCUUCGAAAGUGGUUUGUAAUAUUUUUAAUGUUUUUUGGCCGUAACACGUGCACUUUUGAUAUAAUAAUAAAUACAAAUGCUCCCUAGAGAAAUUUAUUCUCGCUCAUUCUCAAAUAGUUUUUUUCCUUCAAAUGUAACGUUGCUUAUCUUUGCAAUAAAAAUACCAAAUUUG